AUGGUUGCGAAUUUAUGUCUAGUUUUGCUUCUUGCUUUAUUGUUCUGCGCAAUAACCAAUGCACUGCCUCCUAAACGUUACCGUCGGCAAACUGGCGAUUUUGCAAAAGAGGACCUACCCUAUGGAGGAUGGGGUGGAGGGUCGAGCAAUCCAAGUGGUGCCAUUCCGGGUGCUUAUUAUGGUACUGGAAUCAACCCCAAUUAUGGUGACUUUGGACCGAACAGAAAUGAUGCCGACAGUAGUAUUCAUACACUAAAUUAUAAUCAAGGUUAUUCGUAUAACAGUGGUUUUGUUCCGCAAUGGAACCCACAUCAAUCAGAACAGAAUGAGCAUUGGUAUAAUUUACCGAACAAUAAUUAUAAUAAUCCGUUGCAAAGACCAUAUAGUAACUCUAAUAACAAUCGACCAUAUAAUCGUUAUCCACCUGGAAGUCAAGGUUGGUAUGCGACUGGUGGAAAUUAUUGGUAUAAUAAAGGACAAUAUAGUAUUCCACAUAUUUGGCUCUUGAUAUCGAGUAUUCUUAUGUCAAUUAUUUGUUAUUAUUGUCCAGUCGUUCAUCACAAAAAAGACGAUCUUCCCUAUGGAGGAUCGGGUGGAGGGUCGAGCAAUCCAAGUGGUGCCAUUCCGGGUGCUUAUUAUGGUACUGGAAUCAACCCCAAUUAUGGUGACUUUGGACCGAACAGAAAUGAUGCUGACGGUAGCAUUAAUACACUAAAUUAUAAUCAAGGUUAUUCGUAUAACAGUGGUCUUGUUCCGCAAUGGAAUCCACAGCAAUCAGAACAGAAUGAGCAUUGGUAUAAUUUACCGAACAAUAAUUAUAAUAAUCCGUUGCAAAGACCAUAUAGUAACUCUAAUAACAAUCGAUCAUAUAAUUGUUAUCCAUCUGGAAGUCAAGGUUGGUAUGUGACUGGUAGAGAUUAUUGGUAUAAUAAAGGACAAUAUAGUAUUCCACACAUUUGGCUCUUGAUAUCGAGUAUUCUUAUGUCAAUUAUUUGUAAAUAG